AUGAGUAAGGUAAACGCAGUUGAUAAAUCAGAGAUGGGAAGUGAAGUGUACGAUGCAUUACUACUUACAGCUGGAGCAAUUGGAAUCACAAUGGCAUCUAAAAAGUUACUGAAGGAACCACUAGGUACACCAGAGAACACAAAGGGAAUGUUAAAGUUAGCUGUCUCUAUUAGUCUUUCAUCCCUACUGGUAUCGUAUCUAAAGAAACAUAAGUAUAUCCCUGAUAAUCCAAUUGGAACCUAAGACUCCCGAAACAUAGGUAAAACUAUACAAUGGCAAGUGCAGUAGCAGGAGGACUUUUCAAUGCGUUUGCAUUUGCGGGAGCAGGAUACUUAUUUUAAAUGUUUGACAAGAAUGGAUAUGCUGAGGAAGCUCAUAGACAUAACCUUGCAAUGGAGAAUCUUACAGCUGAAAGAGAAAAGUACCUCGAAGAGGUCACUGAUAGGAGAAAUAGAAUUGCUCAGCUAAAGUCAGAACUAGCUGAUGCAAAUCGUGAUAUCAAGUCAACGAACCAGUCACUAGAACUCGUUAGAAGAAUCAAUGAGUUAACACGUAAGGCUAUGCCAAGGAAGCCGCAAUUAAGUAAUCACAACAAACCUAGCUCUGAGAUGGAAGAAUAUAUGGCACUAUUUGGUUUAGUUGCAGGUGGAGCAGUGGGUGGGUUAGCUUACUUAAUUCUAUAG